AUGCUUCUACUCCUUAUUGGACUAGCCUCAGUGCUGUACCUUUUUAAUGAACUUUACUGGAAACGAAGAAAUCUUCCUCCAGGCCCUACUCCUCUACCACUGUUCGGAAAUCUCCUGGAAAUCCGCUUCAAAUCCAAUUGCUACGAGGCUUACCGCGAUUGGCAUAAGAAAUACGGGCCUGUGCAUACCUAUUGGUUUGGCACAAUGCCCGUGAUCGCCAUCUCCGACUACGAAACAAUCAAAGAAACAGUCAUCAAGGACGGCGAGAAAUACGUCGACCGCUGGUUUUUCAAGCCCUUUAACAAGGAUUUCCGAGGUGGAGAUUAUGGAGUCAUUUUCUCGGAAGGAGCACUUUGGAGGGACCAGAGACGCUUGACAAUUCACACGCUGCGUGAUUUUGGAAUGGGAAGAAAUAUCAUGGAGGAGAGGGCAAUGAUCGAGGUCGAGAUCAUGCUCGAACGGCUUGCGAAAAACCCAAAAAACGUCAACAUGCAGUCUGAAUUCGACAUCGCUGUCGGGUCUAUCAUUAAUAAUAUACUGUUUGGAUAUCGUUUUGACGAUGAGCACCUCGACGAGUUCGACUACCUGAAAAAGGCGCUUCGAAAUUUUGUUACCAAAGGCUCCGAUCCGCGUUUUAUCAUCGCAAAUCUGUCAUCGCUGUUAAGGAGUACUCCGGGGAUUAAAGGAAUCUACGAAGAUCUGGUCAACGAGGGCGUCUGCAUCAAAGAGUUCAUCAAGCGGCAAAUUGCGGAAAAACGGCGAACUAUCGACUACGGUAACAAUGAAUCCGACGACUUUGUCGAGAGCUAUCUAAAAGAAUGGGAGAAGAAAAAGGGGACCCAACAGGAAGAAUACUUUUUUGAGGAGCAGCUGGUCUCCGUGGUUUUUGACGUCUGGACCGCUGGAAUGGAAACUACCUCGAAUACGCUAACCUGGGCAAUUUGCUAUAUUUUGAACGACCAAAAAGUGCAAGACCGUAUCCACGCGGAAUUGGAUCGCGUAAUCGGUUCGGACCGGAAAGUGACGAUGGCCGAUAAGAAUGAUUUGCCGUAUGUCAAUGCUGUUGUUAGCGAAGCCCAACGGAUGGCAAAUCUGCUUCCCCAAAAUCUGUUCCGCGUCACAAAUGAGGACGUCAAGAUCCAGGGCUACCAUAUUCCGAAAGGCUCCGUCGUUUGUCCGCAGAUCAGCUGCGUACUCUACGAUGAUAAGGUAUUCCCGGACCCGUAUAAAUUCAAACCGGAGCGUUUUUUGAAUGCCGAUGGCUCGUACAGAAAAUAUGAAGAAUUGGUGCCGUUUUCUGUUGGAAAGCGACAAUGUGCGGGUGAAGGACUUGCAAGGCUCGAGCUGUACAUCUUUAUUGCCAAUAUCUUCCAGACGUUUAAGAUCUCCUCCAAAAACAAGCCCUCGACAGCGAAAACCAUCGGCCAAGUCGUGACCGCGCUACCGUAUACCUGCGAUUUUGAGCCGAGACAACGA